UCAUAUCAGUCCCAAGACCUUUGGCUCAGGACUGCAGUAUAAUAAAAAGGAGACUUCUGAACAAUUUGUCGUGCAGAACAGCUGAGGACACUGUCAGACUAUCUCAUUUUAUCCAGAAAUGUGGCUGCUCAUUCUUUUAGUCUCGUUGGUUAUAUGGGCCGGUGGCACCUACUGGUACCUAUUUGGUAAGCCCAACCCGUUCUCCCUGGAGUCUGUGAGACCCCCGGCGCCCCGUGAGUUUGACCAGAAGAAGAGAGACAAAGUCAUCAAACAAGGUUUCAGUGUCGACAAAGUGCCCCAGAACCUGGAUGUGAUUGUAAUCGGAAGUGGCAUUGGUGGACUGUCAGCGGCGGCCACACUUGCCAAGGCAGGAAAGAAGGUUCUGGUCCUGGAACAGCAUGACCAGGCUGGAGGCUGCUGCCACACGUACAUAGAGAAGGGCUUUGAGUUUGAUGUUGGUCUUCAUUACAUUGGUCAAGUCCAUGAAAACAGUUUGCUUCGAAUUGCCUUUGACCAGAUCACUGAGGGCCAGCUGGAGUUUCAGGAGCUGCAGCCGCAUGUCGACACUGUUCAAAUCGGCAGUGGUGAUGAGAGACGGGAGUACAAGAUUUUCACUGGAAAACAUGAAAUGAAAGCCCGCCUGAUUGAGCAAUUUCCAAACGAAACAGAGGCUAUUGAGAAAUUCUUCAAAAUCAUGAAGCUCUCAGCUAAGAAGACCCACUACCUGGCAAGCAUGAAGCUUAUUCCUCAGUGGGUCUCUUUGUUUCUGCUGAAGUCAGGCAUCGCAGAUCUCAUCUCUCCAGUCUUCCAACUGUCUGGCACACCAGCGACUGACUUCAUGAACACUCUGACCAAAAACAAAGACCUCCAAGUCAUCUUUUCUUACUUUUUCUACGGUGUGCCUCCAAAGGAAUCCAGCAUUCUGAUCAACGCUCUCCUGAUCCAUCACUACAAACGAGGAGCUUACUACCCAAAAGGUGGAGCCAGUGAGAUUGCCUUCCAUAUCAUCAGAACUAUUCAGAAAUACGGAGGGAGCUGUCUGGUCAGAGCUCCUGUCUCUCAGAUCCUGGUGGAUGAGAAUGGAGCGGCCUAUGGUGUGAAGGUGAAGAAAGGCCAGGACGAAGUUGAGGUCCACGCACCUGUGGUGGUUUCAAACUGUGGCGUCUUUACCACGUUCCAAAAACUUCUACCACCUGAGAUUCAGGUCAAACAUGAUAUUCAGGAAAGACUGAGCAUGAUGAAACAUGGCAGAGGAUCAUUGUUGAUCUUUUCUGGCUUUGAUGGAACUACAGAGGACCUGGGUCUUGUCUCUACAAAUUUCUGGCUCUUCAAAGACAACGACAUGGAUAAGUCGAUGGAGGACUUUUUUGCAUUGAGCAAAGAAGAAGCACCUGAUAACAUCCCGAUGAUGUUCAUCACAAUACCAUCUGCAAAAGAUCCUGAAGCAAAGAUACGUCAUCCAGGAAAGUCUUGCAUGACAAUUCUGACCAUGGUCAAAUAUGAAUGGUUCGAAGAGUGGAAGGAUACUACCGUGCGAAAAAGAGGAGAUGAAUACUACAACUACAAAAUGAGAUUCACAAAGAACCUCUUUGACUGGGCCUGCACCGUGUUUCCUAAAAUCAAAGACAAGCUUGUUUUCCAAGAUGUGGCAACUCCGCUGACCAACAUGCACUACCUGGGAGCUCAACGUGGAGCCAUGUACUCUGCCGAGCACAACGUGGAGCGUUUCUUUGCUGAGGCUGUAGCCAGGAACAGAAGCAGCACUCCUGUUAAAAACCUUUACAUCUCAGGUCAAGAUGUGUUCAGCUGUGGGAUUGCUGGCGCUCUGCAUGGCGGACUCCUCUGCGCCUCCACUGUGUUGGAUCACAUUGUCUACAUCAACCUACUCAUCCUCAAAAAGAAGCUGAAGAGAAAGAAAGCCAGGGAGCUGGCCCAGCUGGCUAAGAAGAAACUGUAAGGGGGGUGCUGCUCACUACCGCCCCCGCAGGAUGAUAAUGAAAGUGCAAAAACUUGGUGCAGAAAGACUUGCCAGUACAGUGUAUGAUUUCAAAGAGGUAGAUGUGAUUUCAUAUUUGUACAUGGUUUAAUGUGAUUAAUUAUUAUUAUUAUUACAUAAUAAAAAUUAUGUAAUAAUAUGUA